GGGAGGCACCCCAAUCCCUUGUUUGGCCUUGCCAUGGAAAAUAUACGCCAAGGGAGAGAGAGGCUUGUAUGUGGCAGAAUGUGGGAGGGGGGAAAGCAGGAGAGCAGGGAUAUGCUUGGCAGAAAAUAUAUGUACAUGCAGGAACAGAGUAGCUUUGUAGGUUUUUGUACAUGGAUAUAGCGAAGAGAGGGAGAAAGAGGUCUAUAUAAUGCUGGGGAAUGGAUAAGUGAACAGGAAAAUGGGUAACACUCAGAGAUCAUAGAUCAGUUUACCCCUCCAAACCCUUUAACUGCUAUGGGGCUUUAAAGAAUGUGGGGGGGGAUAUCUUUCUUCAUUUUAUUGUGGAUGAUGUGAGAAUUUUAAUGGGAAUUAGUAGUGGUCAUUAAUAACAAGGCAGUUAGUCUGGGUUAUUUAACGGCGUGUAAAGUAAUGUGAUUUGGCUGUGAUGCUGUAGAGGUAAAUGGUGUUUCAAGAAGAGCGGAUAGGAAAAUAAGUGGAGAGGUGAGGCUGUGAGUAUACUAAUUAGGCACACAGGAUGUGUGUCUACAUGAUCAGGCUUGCAGAGGAAUAAUGCAUGCAUCUGCGUUGGAUUUUUUAAUCAAAUAUACCUUCUCUCGUCUCAAUCUAAUCAUGCUUUUGUUUCUACAAGAGGGUGAUUAGAAAAGGCACAGGGGGCUUAUUCAAUAGCAUUUGGGGUGACAAAUAUGCUAACAUGCAUUAUUAAUUCUUUUGUUCACCCUGUCAGGAUUGCUGUAAAGCAGUGAAACGGUGAAUUUCCUUUGGCCCAAUUUUUCAUUAGUGACUGGCUGCGGAAUCAUUUUGGACUUAAAUUAACCUGGAAUAAAAGGGUUUUCUUCUUCUUCUUUGGUGAUCCCUCAUAACUGAGUAAGAUUGCCUACCAUUAACAUGGUGGAGGCCAGUUCUGGAUCCGCACAUCCUUCCACAGUGGGGACAUAGGUUUGUUUCCGGGUGGGAGUAGAUCAUGGUAUGGAUUUGCCAAGCAUGCCUUCCUCUUAGCACGUUUCUCCCUUUCGUCCUGAGUUCGAGUGUCUUCAAAGCCCAUGACACCUUUGGUAAAGGCUGUUCUCUCCCAGUUGUCGGUGUUUAUACUGUACUACAUUUUUAUAAAUUUGCCUCAAGAGUCUUUAAACCUCUUUUGUUGCCUGCCAGCAUUACGCUUUCUCUUUUUAAGUUCGGAAUAGAGUAGUUGCUUUGGAAGACGAUAAUCAGGCACCCAAACAUCAAGACCAGUCCAACGAAGUUGAUGUUGAAGAAUCAUUGCUUCGAUACUAUUGAUCUUUGCUUCUUCCAGUACACUGGCAUUAGUUCGCCUGUCUUCCCUGGAAUAAAAGAGUACUCAAAGUGUUUAUGACCCUGGGGGUGUGCUAGCCCUGACAUAGCAGUGGGAACAUGGCAGCUAAUAAAUUGGGAGGAUCUGUAUACUAUAUUGUGUGGAAGGGUUGUGUCAGGUGUUUGGGAAGCAGGCGCUGUGAGGCCUGUCAAUACCCCCCCCCCAAGUAAUAAAUUAACCUUCACUUUGAAAGCAAGGGUACCGGUAAAUUAAGAAGGGAAAAAGGGAAAGACUGGCGACGUAAAUUUUAAAAUUGUCAGUGACACACAAGCCCAUUGGGGACAGACAGCUUUGCUAGUCAGGGAUACCAGCUGAGGGAGGAAGACUUAGGGGGAAAAUAUUUAUCAGAUACCCAGUAACUGGGUGGGCAGGGGGGCAACAAAACCCAGCAAUAAAUCCAGGGAGAAACAAUAUUAUUAGAAACUGAAGAUUUAAAUGUGGUGGGUUUCUUUUUCAAGGCCUUGGUGCCCCUGUGUGCCAGGACUUUUGCCAGUGGGGCGCAAGUCUUGACAUGACCUUGGGCCUGGUCAGCCAUUUUGGAAGAUACUCCAGUCAAGGCAUUUUUUUUUUUUUGGAAAUCAUUUAUUUUAUACGCUGUUGUCGUUUGUGUGUAAUUACUGGGUGUUUGACAUGUCCUUAUAUUGGAUUUUAGGAAAGGAAAGCCCUCGGCCACCCAGUGUGGGGAAGGCGGCCUUGAAAAGGACCCAGCUUCGCGGACCUCCUCAGAGAGCCCCCUUCUCCCCCGUCCAUGUUCCUUUCCCCCGCCCUUCGCUCCUAUCCCCGGGCCUAGGCGCCACCGUCUUCAACCAAUUGGCUCCCUCCUGCUCUUCCGCAAUAGCCAAUCGGAGAGCGGACGGGGCGGACGGAGGGCUGUUCCGUUCGUACACGACUGCGGCGCUCUUGCUUCUCCUGCCGCUCCCCCCCCCCCCGGGCGCUGCACACGCGGGAUGGAAUGCUGGGGAGCGUGGGAUUCUAAACCGUUGGGCCACCGAACCAAACGAGAAGCCUCGGACACGUUUCCUGCCUUGGGGGUUGCGAAUUUUAAAUAUGCAAAGAGAUGGCUUGCAUGAACUUUAAAACCACUUUUGAGCAUUUGAAAUUGGAAAAGGGGAACAGCUUCCUAAGAAUGGGGAUGGGUAGUUUCUCCUCCGCUUUACUUUCCAUUAUCACCUCAGACUCGGAACCCUCCUCCGUCCCCAGUUACGGGAGAUUCAAAAACAUUGCUUCUUCGAGGGCUGUUUGCAAGUGCUUUGCAAGAGCUGAAUGCUCUGCUGGUUAAAAGCAAACUGUACUGCUGAGGGGAAAAAACAAACGUUGCACAGUGUGAACUACUGAAACAAAGCAGAGGCCCCCCCCCCAUUUUUUCUUCUUCUUUUGGCAGGGUCUCAGUGCUUCUACAAAGAAAUUGAAAAGAGGUAGCCAAAACCUGAACUGCUAGUUCAGCUCUUGAGUUCAUUGCAGGACUUUUGACUGCCAAAAUAAUCAAUAGAUAUAGACUGUAAAAGCAAUAAGAUUUACAAGAGGUCAGCUGUGGGUUAAUAUAGAUCCAAAUGGACAAGCUGUGUGGCUGGAAGAUAGUGCUGAAUCCCUCCUAAUGUUAAUCGCACUGAGCAUAAAUUUAGAUCGGAGUUCACAAUCUGAUUUAUAGUCUGUUGAGUUUCUUUAUUCAGGUGGUCUGUGGCAUGUCUGUCUUAAAGAUAAUGAUUUUGGAUUGUAUUUUAAUUGCUUCUUUUAUUUCUCAUAUUUAUUGAAUUAUAAUUUGAAUAUUAUGGAAUCCAAAUUGUAAUUCAGCUUGAUAAAAUAUAAGAAAUAAAAGAACAAAGGAAAAUACAGUUAAAAAUACAGCAUCUAGCAAAGGGCAUUGCAAUUCAUCAAGGGGUUAGGGAGUGGGUAGUUUCCGAACCACAGAUUUAGACAAACAGUGUCUGAAUGCAAAUAUGAAAUGGCCUGCCCUGUUGGGUUUGGCUACAGCAGAUCUGUGUACAGAGGUUAGAGCCUAAAUCUAAGCAAUUUAGGUGAUCAGAAGCAGGUAGGUCCAGAUGUACUACAACAUGACUGUCUGCUCUCCAGUCAUACUUUUGGAAAUAUUUCUUUAAUAUCUUUCCUCUUGUUUGCUGAGACCCAGCCUUCGGAGCAUUGCUAUGGGCAUACCUCCACUGCAGAGCAUUCAAGGCUAGAUCCGAAGCUUGCCUUGCCUCCUCCAAGAGAACUAGCUGGGGAACACCAAGAAUCCCUCAUAAACCUGCAUCGUCAUGUCAUUCAGUGCCACAAUUUUGUUCUCCCCUCCCAACACCAAAGAGGCAAAAUGCUGCUGCUGUACCUGCAAGCAGGAACCGGGGGCUCAGGCGACUACGCCGUCCCCGCCACCAUCUUCAUCGAGCACCCCGAUCACGGUUACAGGCACUGGGCUAGCGGUACAGUCUUCAGAGCAACUGCUCCAUGUUAUCUAUCAACGUAUAGAGAAGGCAGUGGGCCUUGCUGAGGUGGCGCUGAGCCUGGCCAAGGCCAAUAAUGAAGCCCUGAGGCGGCUGGAGGAGGAAAUGGGGACACUGCGCCGAAGGACGGCCCCUGUCCUCAAAGCCAGCCCCUUGAGUGGUCCUGAGGAGCGGCAAGAGGACAAUGAAGAGCAGAAUGAGGAGGAACAAGAGGCCGAAGGCUUCAGAAGUGGCGUCCAGGUGGUCAUUGAAGAGCUGCGGCAGCUGGGAGCGGCAGCAGGGCCACCUGAACACUUGGGUUUCUCGCCUGUGCAUCUGGGGCCUGGGGGGCUUGGCGGGGCAGCAGAAGAAUCACCCACAGUAGAUGUCUCCAUUCAAAGGGUCUAUGCCGCACCACCUUCCCCCUCUUCUCAGCCUCUGGAUGAUCCUUCCCUCUCUUGCCCAGAGGUAUCCCCCAACAGCAUCACCUUGGAGGACAACAUGUGCAGGGAGCCACGUUUCUCUUUGGGCUUUGCAAGUCUUCCUUGUAGAAACCGAAGCAUGGGACAGAAGAAUGCAAGGCGCAAGAGGGACUUGGUGCUCUCGAAACUGGUCCAUAAUGUCCACAACCACAUCACCAAUGACAAGAGGUUUGAUGGCUCUGAGAGCAUUAAAUCUUCAUGGAAUAUCUCUGUAGUGAAAUUCUUGCUGGAGAAACUGAAGCAUGAAUUGGUAUCAAAUCACCACAAUUACACUGACAAAGAACUAAAAGGUGCUUGUGUGGCCUACUUUCUAACCAAACGACGUGAGUAUCGCAACUCUCUCAAUCCCUUCAAAGGACUCAAGGAGAAGGAGGAGAAGAAACUACGAAGUAGGCGCUACCGGCUUUUUGCAAAUCGUUCAGGGGUGGCGCGUCUGCUGGGCCCUGAAGAGCAGCGUUUGUGGCAAGGUGUGACAGAGGAGCUCAUGUCAGAUGAGGAAGACAGCCUAAGUGAACCAGGUGUGUGGGUGGCACGCCCCCCACGAUUCCGCGCUACCCCUCUCACUCAGCUUUGCUACCGACUUGAUGCCAACUCAAAGCAUGGCACCAAAGCUAACCGGGUUUAUGGGUCGCCCUCUGACCGCCUGCCCUCCGCUGAAGCUCAGCUUUUGCCUUUGCACCUCUACAACCCCCAUUUUCAAGAGGAAGGAGCCAGGGCGGGCACACCGCCUAGGCCGCCCAGCCACAAAGGCUUUUGUCCUGACCUCAGCUCAUUCGUUGAGAUCAAAGUGGAAAAGGAUGAGUGACCUGAGAAUGCUGAUUGUGUUUAAUAUGGCAGCCAAAAGGAAGACAAUGAGAGAAUACAGGAUCACCACCAGCUGAACUCAGUAUCUUCCCGAGGAGGAGGGAAGCAAAUUGUCUGCCAUGCGCCAGGAUGCGUUUGUGGGUUGAGAUGCAUCUUCGCUCCAUAAGGAGCUAUUACUUCUAGGUCAUGAUGGGGAAGAAAUGGGGGAUAGAGAGGGACACCACUGGAAAAUGUAGCCCUUCACAAAUAUGUGGCUGUUUGGUCUAUAUAUCCAACAGGUUGAUGGUGUGAACAUGAAGAGUACAAUGUUGCAAAGAGAAGUAAGUCUUUUGUGAGCCUUCAAAAGCUCACAAAAAUAGGAUUUUUUUUGUAAAAACUAACUACAUUGUGGACUGGGUGGAUCAGAAACUUUGCAGAACCUUUCACAGUGCAAAACUACUCUGUUAUACUAUUGAGUUAAUAAAAGUAAAGGUAAAGGUACCCCUGACCAUUAGGUCCAGUCGUGACCGACUCUGGGGUUGUGGCGUUCAUCUCGCUUUAUUGGCCGAGGGAGCUGGCGUACAGCUUCCAGGUCAUGUGGCCAGCAUGACAAAGCCGCUUCUGGUAAACCAGAGCAGCACAUGGAAACGCUGGAUGUGGUACCUAUUUAUCUACUUGCGCCUGACAUGCUUUUGAACUGCUAGGUUAGCAGGAGCUGGAACCGAGCAACGGGAGCUCACCCCGUCGUGGGGAUUCAAACCGCCAACCUGAUCGGCAAGCCCUAGGCUCUGUGGUUUAACCCACAGCGCCACCCGCGUCCCUAUUGAGUUAAUAGUAGCGCAGAAAAAUGUCUGAGACCUUUUCUGAAAUUAUGGGGAUUGCUCAUUGCUUAGUGAAACUGCUUUUGGGACUACAAGAGUUACGAGAGCACUUAGAGCGCCUCUGACUCUUCAUUGAUAGCAAUGCUUUUACAUUAGAAACAUUUAGUGAUAUCAAGUUGACUGUUCUCACCUGUAUCUGUAAACAUUAGGCAGGUGUGUAUUUUAUUCCUUCAUAAACCCCCCUCCUACUCGCAAAGUUCCUAUUCCUCCCUCUUAUUUGCAGGAAGAGUAAAAAUCUUGUGUAGGAAUGUGAAGAAGAGCUAAGAAACAACACUCCUGGUUUUUAUUAUUGCAUUCUUGUGAUAACUUCCCCUUUGCUAGGUUUCAGGAAUAGCUCUCUAUUGUCAAACUCCAGGUCCCCUACAACAGGAGAAAAAAAAAUAUCUCUGGCUUUUACCAGUAGUAAAACACCAGGCUUUUUGUUUUUUUUAAAAAAACAUUUGCAUAUGUUAAUUCACAUAAAUGUACACUAAUUAAUUUCCAGAGGAUUGGCUGUGCUAGAAUGUUGCAGCCAAAACAGUAAAGAGUCAUUAACACUUCAUGCAUCUGAUGAAGUGGACUCUAGUUCAUAAAAGUUUAUGCCGCCAUGAGUGUGUUAAGGUGCCACGGGACUCAUCAUUGUUCUUACUAAGUAAAAGUACGUGUUGACUUGCCUGGCUCAAGUUUUUAAUAGAAUUUGUUUCAAAUUAUCUAUGCGUCAGUCUUACCACUGACCUGUCAUUAAACUAUGGAACUCGCUCCCACGGGAGGCAGUGAUGGCCACCAACUAAUAUUGGCUGUAAAAGAGGAUUGGACAAAUUCAUGGAGGAGGCUGUUGUUGGCUCUACUAGCCAUGAUGGCUAUGCUCUGCCUCCACAGCUAGAGUCAGUAAUGCUUUUGAGGAAUGCUCUUCUGCUUGGAUUCUGUUUGUGGGCUUCUCACAGACACCUGGCUAGCUGCUGUGAGAACAGGAUGCUGGACUAAAUGGCCCAUUAGCCUGAGCCUACAGGCUCUUCUCAUGUUCUUAUGUACAUGGAUGGACUUAUGAGAAACAUAUUUUAGAGGGUGCUGUCAGGUGUGGAGACAUUGGGGGUACAAAACAGCCCCCCAAAAGAGGGCCACGGUACCAUUCUUAUGCCUACUACUAUAUCAAAAGCAUAAACUGGAUAUUUAUUGAGCCAUCACUGUCCUCUAGUGGCUUUUUUUAGAUAGUACAAAAGGAUGGAUGGUCCUUUUCCUCUCUGGCUGGGCAGACACCUGUUAUCAGUCUUUGUUUGAUAUAGAAAAAAGCAGUGUUAUUAUUAUGCCUGCUGCAGCCCUCUAUUCCUUUCCUUGAUGCUCACUCUGUUCCCUGUAACCCAUGACCCUGUAUCUUGGUUUCUAUGACAAUCCAUCUGUCUCUAUUUACAGUGACGAGCAAUAAUAAGAAACUCCAUUCUGACCAUAAGAGAAUGCAUUGAAUGAAUGGGACAAUAGGUCACUAGUUAAGAUCAGGUUCCAGUGAUGGGAAAUAACAUUGCCAGGAACAUUGGAAUGGAGAUACGCUGCCACCUAGAGCACAGGGGUAGGUGGACCAAGAGGCAAAAUUUUACUGUAGGUAUGCCUAAGGCACCUAACACACUUGUAAAACUCCUUUUUAAUUGAUCUGGGCUAACGGUUGUCCCCUGGCUAUGUUUUCCUGGUCCAGAUAGAAUCUCAGCUCCACAGAUGAACACAAACUGAAAUCUAUAGAGAGGUCUUGCAAAACCUAUCAAUCAAAAGAAGCUACCAAGGACAGAGACAGUUCAAAUAGCAGAUGCUAGGCAUGGCCAUCACCUACGGUAGUCGUAUGGGUGGCAACAAUACUGAAACAACUGAGUUUUGGGCUGGUUUCACAAGGCCAAUUUAAGGUAGUGGGAAAAGUGGACUCCUCCCACUACCUGCUACUACAUGUAUACACACUUUUUAAAAGCAGUUUCUAGUGUACUGUACACAGUGCUGUACAGUUUUGUAACAAAUUCCUUACCAAGCUGAAUCUCAUAGUGGUUCACAUGAGCCCAUAAGGACCCCACUCGACCAUGGAAAAACAAAAGCUUGCUAUAAAUCUUUUGUGUGGUCCAUUAAUAGAAUACACCUAUUUUACAAACAGGGUAAGCUGAGGCUGAGCUAGUGAUUCUCCUAAAGUUUCCCAGGUAAUCGGUCUGUGCCAGAGGAAGAACUAAGUCACCUGGUCUCAAGGCUAACACUAUAUCCUGCCGUGAUGACUGGGUACAAAAAGAGCAGACAGGACUCCUGUACCUUUAAUAGUUGUAGGAAUGCUCUCCCCAAGGAGAGCUGGCCUGGUGCCAUUGUUGCAUAUCUUUACGCAAAAACAUUCCUUUUUAAUCAGGCCUUUGGCUUUUAACUAUCUGUGGCCUUUUUGCACGAGUGGGGAUGUUUUAAUAUGGUUUAUUUAGAAAAGGUUGGUAUUUGGUUUUUGCUUAAAAUAUUGUAAGUGGCUUUGAGUUGGUGUGACCUAAAAAUGAUUAAUAAAAUUAAUAAUAAUGAUAAUAUUAGGAGAGAGAAAUCUUUUGAGUGUAGCUUUCUUCACUUCUGCAGUGCUGUGACAUGACCAGAUGCCCUGACAAAAUCCCACCUUGCAAGUAAACUAUUAAAGAGGGAGCCCUUUGUUCUGUUGUCGGUGUGUCACUCCCCAAUAAGUCUUGAGGUGCAUCUGUGAUGCUGGGGACACAGAGAAAGAACAUUGGGAGUCGUGCAAAAACAAAAGCAUUGGCUGGGAAUUUUUAUUUCAUAAAAUUUAUACACUGCUUGAUUGUAGAAAAUACCUUAAUGCGGUUUACAAAAAAGAUAAAACGAUAAAAUUAUAACUAAAGAAAUCUACAACCAUAAUCUACAGAAUGUUAAAACCACAACAGAAUAG